AUGACAAAUAAUGACAAGACAGAUAAUGUCGUGCAUAAGAGAGAUUGCCAAUCAUUUGAUGCUGUGUCGAUAACUAGUGACUAUUCAAGUACCAGGUCCUCUACCCCAGAUUAUAAACAUAUCGAUUAUGACUCGUGGCUCUACAACUUAUUUAAGCCUCUAGGUAGAUUGUAUGAUCCAGGCAAAAAACGUUUAAUUGCUAUUGCUAUUGCCAUACUUAUGUUGGUCACGCUGGGGGAAAUUUCAAUACAAACUGAAGGACAAAAAGAAAUUGUAAUUAAAGAGAAUGAGAAUAACCUCUACCAAGAAUUGUACAGUCCAACGGAAGACACGGAAGGAACUGUGGAAGGAGAUGAAAUAGAGUCUAUGCUUGAUUCGGAGCUCGAUGAAGAUGAUAGAAAAUACCGUGAUGUUGUAGGAGCCAAAGCUAUGAUGAGAGGUGUUAAUGUCAAACAUAGGAUUGAUAAUCAGGAAUUUUUCAGAUUGGCAAUCCCAAAUGAUAUAAAACAGAACAGAACAAUAUUUUAUGAUAAGACUCUGAGUAGUUAUUAUGGCAAUAUUGAUACAGAUAAAUUUGUUGAUACUAAUGAUGAAAAGAACUGUGACCUUUACAAAUUUGAAGAAAAGAUCUCUUAUAUGAAUAGGCGAAGAAAUAUUAGUCCCAAUUUAAAGAAGGUUAGGCAACUGCUAUUGGAUGAAAACUCACCACGUUCAAAAUUUAUUAAACAGAUCGCGCAAAAAAAGGGAUAUAAUGAUACAAUGGCAGUUGAGCGUCAGUUCUUUACGACGACCACAUCUAUUUUAUGGCUUGAACAACAUGUAUGUUAUAUUUCAUUCACUGGUGUCGUUAUAUCUGAAGCUGAAGAUGUGAAUAAACCAUCGCUAACAGUAAUUAGUAGUCAAGCCUUUGACGAUCAAUGGAAGGAGAUAGAGAAAGAUAUUGGCUUCAUUGAUGAAAAAAUUCCAGAUUCAUUAUCUGAGGCCUUCAAAAGAAUCGAAUCGGAGUAUGACGCUAACAAGAACUGUGAUGAUGAGGCCAAUAAUGUAGAAAAGGAUUGUCUGAAUAAUAUGAAAUGUGAUAUAAAAGAUAAGGAAAAGAAAAAAGAGUGUGAAAACAACCAUAAAAAAGCAUGUGACAAAAAAAAAGAGGAUAAGAAAUCUGCUUGUAAGCUGCUGGUCAGCAAAAACAAAAAAUUGGCAGAUGAAGAAAAGAAGGCUAUCAAGACCAAUUUUUACGCCCUAUAUCCAAUGAUACUUGACGUUCCUACUGAAACUAAUACAGCACCAACAGGUUUUAAGAGACUAAGUGCAACAUUACGUGAAACAGAUGACGGUGUUAUUGAACCACUGUUAACGUAUCAAUUUGAGGAAACCUUGACAUCAAAUAUAUAUUAUGCCUUGCCACACAGAAAGUAUACUUCUUCCGGGACAUUGAAGGUUGAAAUGCCAUCUUUGAGAUCAAGAAAUGGUUAUUGGAUACCUUUUACUAAAGCCAUAGAUAUGGGUACUAAACAAACUGUAGGGCAUGUACACCUGAUCUCUAAUAAGCUGCCUUUGGUAACUGCAAAGUGUUCAUUUGAUAAAGGUGAAUGUUUUGUUCUGUAUAAUUCUAGGGAUACAGAUAAAAAUGAUGACAAUUCUGAAAUUAAUCUCCUUGAUGCAGGUACAAAUUUUAUAGAGAUUCCAUCGGUUGUUCCACGUGUGAAAAAUAGACAUAUUUGGGUUGGAAUGAACGAGAUACACAUACCACUUUCUGAACAUAAUAAGGAAGUAAGAAGACCAGUGAUAUCUGUUUUAGAGGAACAGGAGGGUACGUUUAAUAUAUUUUCAUAUUCAAACCCAUUGAGCUUUUCUCUGAUGGAACCUAUUGAAUUUCAUAAUAAUUCUACACUUACCCAUGAUAUUUGGACUCCUUACUCUAUAAUAUCAUGGAGUGUUAGGAAUCAAACAGCGGAUACUUUAGAUUUCGAAGAUUAUAUGCAAAUUGCAUUUGGUCAUAAUACAAAGAAUACCUCUGUUGUGACCUUGAAAGGGUAUUUGAACUUCCUCUUGAAAUCGUUUCGAAGUGAAAAAGUCGAAGAGGAUUUGAUAAGCUAUAAAAAUCAAAAUCAGCUGGAUGAACAUUUUAUGUGUUCAUACCGUGAUAGUUUAAAAGUAGCUCAAAGUUAA